ACAGCCACUGACAAGAUCAGUGUGACAGAAGACUGUGUUGCGAGAAGUGCUUGUUCACGCCGACGUCAGCUCCAGCCCUGGUGCCAGAACCUAAACAUGCCCGGGUCGACAACGGUUGGAGUUUUCACAACUGUGUCAAACACCAGCAAUUCCUCAUCUCUUUGCCACGGGGAGAACCAGCAUGUUGCUCUCACCUUUUUCCUCUGCCUGGUCUUCUUCGUCGGCUUCGUCCUGAACAUAUUCAGCCUGUGGGUGUUCUGGUGCCGUUUUCCGUGCUGGACGUCUGGAACCAAUCUGCAGUUCCACCUGGCUCUGAGUGACACCAUCGCCACGCCUGUUACUCCCAUGAUGGCCGUGUAUUUUGCGUUGGGUAACGACUGGCCCUUUGGACCAUUCCUGUGUCGGGUCAAGAUCGUCCUGCUGAUGAUCCAUUUUUAUGGCAGCACAAUAUUUCUUACUCUCAUCAGCAUCCAUCGAUACGCUUCGGUGGUGCACUACAACAGAAGCUGUUGCAUCAAACACAAGCCGUUUGUUCGGAAACUCAGUGCGUGUGUUUGGGUUCUGUUGGUGAUCCAGGCUCUGAUCUAUGCUAUCCUGCUCCCUCCCAGCAAAGAGAGGGGCACCGGUCAAUGUCUCUCCAUCUAUCAGAAAGGUCUGACUGAUUCCUACUUCAUCAUUAACUUCAUCCUGUUCAUCUUUGGAUUUCUGCUUCCUUUCUCCGUGUCUGCUACAUGCUACGGCUUUUUGGCAAACAAGCUGACUGAUCUCAACAGCAGCACAGCCAAAGGUCUGAAAGUCAAGCAGAAAUCUCAGCGGAUGAUCGGCAUAUGCUUGCUUAUAUUCGGUGUGUGCUUCCUGCCAUUGAACGUGCUGCGAACUCUGGGCGUCGUGUUCAAAAAAUUCUACCCGCUAAAAUGCAGAGCCCUCAGGCAGAUUGAGACAGCGUAUUACUCCUCCUGGGUUUUAGCAGGCGUGAACGGCUGUCUGGACCCUGUGCUGUACUGUUUUGGGUCUCAGAAUUUUCGAGAUGCAUUUCAGUCUCUCCGUAUUGAGAAGACUGAUGCUCCAAACAGACUGACCAAAAGUGAGUCAGAAGUUACUGCAACUAAGUAACCUACAGGGUUAUUGACUGAUUGGAGCCAAAUAAACCAAAGCAUACUUGGAAACAACCAAAGUCUGGCAGGUUGGCAAUCUUUAUCAUUUCUUUGGUCUUGUAGUUUUGUAGAUUUCCUUUCCUGUUGUACAACAGGAUUAACCAAAGCUACUUGACUGUUUUUAGCUCUUUAUUUGGUCGUUCAAAAACAGCUCAGAUUCAUAAAUUUGUACAAUAAUUUCAUUUAUUUGCUAAUUGAAAUAAGUUGCAAAGUUGUUGUUUUUUUAAGCAAUGCUUGUCUAUGUGGUUCAAUUAACGAAUGGUGAGUGAUUGAUGGGUUUCCUCAUAGGGGCCCCUUUGAUAGUUUUGAUUUAGAUUUUUGAUGUUUUAUUGAAAACUGUAAAGUAUACUAAAAAAUAAAAAUUAUUUAAAAAUUAUGAAAGCAAUUUGAAAUGUCAAACAGUUUUCAGAAAAGGAAACUGAGAGGAGGUUUGGUUUCCACCGAUUUAAGCCUGUUUGCUGUCUAUUUAGAAAUGUAUCUUUUAUAUGUUCUUAAAAUAUUGACUAAAAAAAAUAUUUUUUACUAGUAGUUUUCAACUGUUUAAAAUUUCUGUAAAUAGUAUUUUUCUUUUUGCAUGUGUUCUGCAGUCCUUUCA